AUGGCGGCGAAGGCGAGCGGGUGGGAGCCGACGGGGGCGAAGUGGAGCGAGGAGAGAGGCAAUGGACUUGUCAAGAGGGAGGAUCUGAUCAUCACAACUAAGCUGUGGAACUCAGACCAUGGCCAUGUGCUUGACGCCUGCAAGGAUAGCUUGAAGAAGCUGCAACUAGAUUAUCUCGAUCUCUAUCUUAUUCACUUCCCAGUAACACGGUGGUGA